CCCCGGUCCUAGAGCGGAGCAGGAAGUGUCCCAGGGGAGGGAGCCGGAGGGCUCCGGCCUUUCCUGUCCUCGGCGUCCGGCGGGCUCCGGCGGCGGCCAGGCCUGUGCGGCCCGCGAACCGGGACGCGCUGCGGUGGCGCCUCCAUUUCCUCCCACUUCUUCCCUCCCCGACGGAGCCGCGGCUUUCCAGACGAGCAGGAGACGGGGUCGGGGCGGGUCGGGGAAGCAGUCCGGGCCCCAGCAGAGAAUCCGCCUUAGGAGGGACCCCGGGAGCUCGCGCUGGAAGGAUGAGGAGCGGCUGCCUUGGACUUCCGCCGCAGCAAGAGAGAUUUGAGUUCGAUGCUGGGAAGGCGUUCCAGGCUGUGAGCUCCGUUUGUAAAGGUCUUACGAGCAAGGACAGUGACUUCUGCUCCAAAGCCUCAAGAUAGCAGUUUGUUCUCCUCUCCAAGAGAGCCUGGCCACCAAAGGGUCGUCUUCUGCCGACCCCCAUCAAAUUCCAUCAUGCCCACAGCCCUGUGCCCCCGAGUCUUGGCUCCAAAGGAAAGCGAGGAGCCCAGGAAAAUGAGGAGCCCACCCGGAGAGAAGCCAAGCCCCCAGGGAGAGCUUCCCAGCCCGGAGUCCUCCCUCCGCCUCUUCCGCCGUUUCCGCUACCAGGAGGCGGCGGGACCCCGGGAGGCCCUGCGCCGGCUCUGGGACCUGUGCCAUGGGUGGCUGCGGCCCGAGACACACACCAAGGAGCAGAUCCUGGAGCUGCUGGUGCUGGAGCAGUUUCUAUCCAUCCUGCCCUGGGAGAUCCAGAGCUGGGUCCGGGCCCAGGAGCCUGAGAGUGGCGAGCAGGCCGUGGCUGCUGUGGAGACGCUGGAGCGGGAGCCGGGGAGACCCUGGCAGUGGCGCAAGCACUGCGAAGACCCCGUGGUGAUUGACGAUGGGGACGGCCCUCCAGACCAGGGACAGGAGCGGCCACCGACAGAGCCCCAGAGUGACCGUGCAAAGAGCCAGGAUGCCCAGCCCGCGGCCCUGGCAGAGGGCUCCGGGCUCCCAAGCCGAGCGCCAGGCCAGCUCUGCGGGGACCCAGUCCUGCAAGACCCUCCCCUUCUCCAGGAAGAGAGUUUGAGGAGCACGCAGCAGGUGGCUGCCCUGCAGUUGCCCCCGAACCGGGUUUCUCCAUUCAAGGACAUGAUCUUCUGUUUCUCAGAAGAGGACUGGUCUCUUCUCGACCCAGCCCAGACUGGCUUCUAUGGAGAGUUCAUCAUAGGGGAAGACUGUGGGGUCUCACUGCCUUCGAAUGAUUCAGCUGCCCAGCCAGAUCUCUCCCAGAGAGAGGAGAAUGAGCCACGGGUUCCAGAGCUGCAGGACCUCCAAGGGAAAGAAACCCCCCACGUCUCCUACAUGGAUUUCCAAAGUCUCCAGCCAUUCCAAGCAGAAGAAAGAAGAAAAAACAAUGAGCUGCAGGUGCCAGAAUCCCAGACGUGCCAGCAGAUGGCAAUCUCUCAAAGCACCAGCCCAGCCAAGGGCGGCCUGCUGUCCCAGGAGAACGGCCUCGACCAGGAGGUGUCCAUCGAAAUCGUGCUGUCCAGCUCGGGGGACGAGGACUCGCAGCACAGCCCGUACUGCACCGAUGAGCCCCAGAAGCCCGCAGAGAAGCAGCACGGCCCCCCCGCCCCCCACCUCAACAGCACCGCAGGCGGCGAGGUCCAGACCUCCUCCAAGAAGUCCUACGUCUGCCCCAACUGCGGGAAGAUCUUCCGCUGGAGAGUGAACUUCAUCAGGCACCUGCGGAGCCGCAAGGAGCAGAAGCCCCACGAGUGCUCCGUCUGCGGGGAGGUGUUCAGCGACAGCGAGGACCUGGACGGACACCUGGAGACCCACGAGACCCGGAAGCCUUACACCUGCGGCGCCUGCGGGAAGAGCUUCCGCCUCAACUCCCACCUGCUCUCCCACCGGCGGAUCCACCUGCAGCCGGACGGACUCGAGCCCGCGAAGGAGAAAGAGCAGGGGCCGUCGGACAACGCGCGCAGCAGUCCGCAGGCCCUGCUGGAGAAGGGCAAGGGCAAGCUGGGCUUCGCGUGCUGUGACUGCGGGAGGGCCUUCCAGCGCCCCGACCACCUGGCGAGGCACCGGAGCACCCUGCACGCGAGAGACAAAGCGGGGGCCUUUCAGUGCCGGUACUGCGUCAAGAGCUUCCUGCAGAAUCACGACCUCCUGCGGCACGAGCGUUUGCACAUGAAGCGGCGCUCCAAGCAGGCCUUGAACUCCUACUGACGCUGCCCGCCGUGUCCUGCUCCGGGGGCGCAGUCUUCCCUCCAGCCCCUCUCACAGCUGGGGGUCCCUCCCCAGCCCCCCACCUCACACCUGCCCCAGGAGGGGAACAUGCACGUCCUCGUGCUCUCGGGUGGGGUCCAACUUCUGCCUGUCGCAGCAGCACACCCCUCCGAAGGCCAGUGGAGGGUUUGUUCUGUCUCGGUUGUGCCAGAAAGCAGGGAGGGAGGGAGGGCAUGUUGCCUCCAGCUUCCCUCGCUGGCGACUGGGUGCACCCCCUGUUUCUUGUCUUCCAGACCCCCCUAGCUCAUGCCCAGCUGGUGGCAUGGUCUCGGUCAUCCCUGUCAGCAUCCCCCUUGGGCGUCAGCAUUUUGCCAGCCGACUCUUAUGACACUACCUCCUGUUCUCCCUUGGUUGCAUCCCCUGAAUCCUGAGCUCUGUGUAGACAGAAGGUGCCCACUGAGCGGCAGGUUAUGAAGAAGGCAGUAAUGAGUGCAGGGUCCUGCCCUCAGCGUGGGGACAGCCCCUGAGUGCACAAAGCAUGGGCUCUCGCAGGCUGCGCCCCCGGACACCACUGAUCCCUUUGUCUGCCUGGAAAAAUGGUGCUAAUCACAUGAGUCAUCAUCCCACACAAGCACCUCCCAGACCCCAUGAGGACUGGGAGGCCCUGUGGGCAUGCAAGCCUCAGUGGUGGGCUCUAGUGGCCUGCCUGUGAACGGAAAACCAUCUCGUACCUUUUGAUUCCUCCUGAUUACUGGUUAAUAGAGACCAUGAGCUCAUCCAAGGGCCAAAGUCCACAUUUUAAACUAAAUUGCACACCUUCCCCCCAAAUGUCUUUUCUCUGUACCCCAAAGGUCCUUGGCAAAUGCUGAUGGAGUGGAAGUUGAGCUGUCAUUUACAAGACACACAUUCUUUCUCCCAUCACCUCUCGCUCUGUCUAUCCAAGAAUUGGGUGACGUGCAGCCAUUGUAGGAAGGAAAGCCUACCAUAUGGGUGCAUGUUAACAUGCCAGGAUAGGCUAAUGCUGCCGUGUCCCCUGAUUCACAAAUGAGUGGAUGGAAACUUAGGUGAGCUUGCUCCUGCUUAAACCGGAAGCCAGGCUCCACAGCCAUGUGUCUGCCCCAGGGCCAGCAUUCUCUGCACAGAAGGAUCUUAAAUGUUAGUCUUUACAGUUUGGAGCUUUGGGUUCUGGACCCGAUGCCUCUCUGUAGUGAAACUUUUAUCACCCCAGCUCAUCUAGUUAGAUAAAAGGGAGACAAGCACAUGGUCUUACUGUUCCUGUGAGAAUGGUUCAACUGAGUUAGGUCUAGGGAUGAUGAAAAAGCAUCAGGGCUGUGGUGUGUUUGUAGCUGUAGCUGAUUUGAAAGCCAGUAACGAGACAAGUAUUUUUAUAAUAUUUCUCUGUCAUAUCCCACCAAUGAGCAGUAGGAGUAAGAGGAACGCAGUGUGGUCCUUUGCUUCUUUUCAUCCAUGAAAUUUUUACAUCAGGAAGCCCCUACCCAAACCUAAUGAAGAAGUUAAAGGUUUUAUAAAUAGAUUGUUGUGUGUAUGUGUCCCCAUAUACAGAAACAGUAAAUGCAAUAAACCAGCCGGUCAUAACCUUGAACAAGAAAUAAACUAUGGAACUUCUUAGUUUUUAAA